UUCGGGCGUCUAGCGAAUUUUCUUUUGGCUGCCACGAAGCUGCGCCGCAUUUUAAUUUCGUUUGUUUUUAAGCUCGUUGUGCUCAAACAAAACAGAGCGAAGGUAAUGUGCAGAAUUGAUGUGUGUUUGAACUGUAAAGCCGCGUGUGGAAUUGCGUAUAUUGCCCAAUAAGCAACGUCGAUAUUAAGUCGCACCGGCAUUUCUUGGCCACACACACACAGUAGUGAGAGCCGAUACCACUACCAAUACCAAUACCAAACCAAUACACCGGCCAUGACUGUUGAUAUUAGCAACGUAAGCGGCGGAGCGGCGACAAAGGCAAAAGGUCUCCUAACAUGGGAAAAGCAAGAGCAUCUUGUCAAAUUGGCAAUACUCAUUCUGGCCGCCGUUUUGUCAUUCGCCACACGUUUAUUUUCCGUGCUGCGCUUUGAAAGCGUCAUCCAUGAGUUCGAUCCAUAUUUUAAUUACCGCACCACGCGGUUCCUUGCCGAGCAAGGCUUUUACAAAUUCCACAAUUGGUUCGAUGAUCGCGCCUGGUAUCCGCUUGGCCGCAUCAUUGGCGGCACCAUUUAUCCCGGAUUAAUGGUCACCUCGGCAGCCCUCUACAGGCUCAUGUGGAUGCUGAACAUAACGAUUGACAUACGGAAUGUCUGCGUGUUUCUUGCACCAUUCUUCUCAUCGCUCACCACGCUGGUCACAUAUGCUUUGACCAAGGAAAUACACAGCACUGGUGCUGGCUUGGUCGCUGCUGCGCUAAUCUCGAUUGUGCCCGGCUAUAUAUCACGCUCGGUGGCCGGUUCCUAUGAUAACGAAGGCAUUGCCAUCUUUUGCAUGCUCUUCACGUAUUAUCUAUGGAUCAAGGCUGUGAAAACAGGCACAAUAUUCUGGUCGGCGAUGUCGGCGCUUGCCUACUUCUAUAUGGUAUCGUCGUGGGGCGGUUAUGUGUUCCUUAUCAAUUUGAUACCAUUGCACGUGCUCGCACUGAUGAUCACCGGACGCUUCUCACAUCGCAUCUAUAUAGCAUAUAGCACCCUAUACUGUGUCGGCACUAUACUCUCCAUGCAGAUAUCGUUUGUGGGCUUUCAGCCCAUCCAAAGCUCGGAGCACAUGCUGGCCCUUGGAGUUUUUGGUCUCUGUCAGAUCCAUGGAUUUGUGGAUUAUCUACGCUCUCGCAUGCCCAAGGAGCACUUUGAUCUGCUCUUCAAGACGCUGGUGUCCAGUGUGAUCAGUCUGGUGGUAAUUGUGGGCACAUUGUUGACACUCACUGGCAAGGUGUCUCCUUGGACGGGUCGCUUCUACUCGCUGCUGGAUCCAUCCUAUGCAAAGAACCACAUUCCAAUUAUUGCUUCCGUUUCGGAGCAUCAGCCAACGUCAUGGUCAUCAUUCUACUUUGAUCUACAGAUUCUGGUGUUCCUCUUUCCCGCUGGACUUUACUUUUGUUUCUCACGCUUAACCGAUUCGAACAUCUUUAUCAUUUUGUAUGGCGUGACGAGCAUUUAUUUUGCUGGCGUUAUGGUCCGUCUAAUGCUUGUGCUGGCGCCUGUGAUGUGUGUGCUCUCUGGUAUUGCCAUAUCGCAUCUGUUGGCCAAGUAUAUCAAGAGCGUGGACACGGGCAGCUCAAAGCCGGCAACGGAAAGCAAGCGUCAACACAAGAAACUGGAGCAACAGAGUGGCGGUGUUAAGAGCGAGGUGGCCAUUGGAUUUGUAGCGAUUAUAACACUUAUGCUUAUCGUUUAUACACUCCACUGUACGUGGGUCACCUCCGAGGCCUAUUCCUCGCCCAGCAUUGUCCUCAGUGCACGUUCCCACGACGGCGGUCGCAUCAUCUUUGAUGACUUUCGCGAGGCAUACUAUUGGCUGCAAAUGAACACGCCCGAGAAUGCUCGCAUCAUGUCCUGGUGGGAUUAUGGCUAUCAGAUAACGGCCAUGGCAAAUCGAACGAUACUCGUGGACAACAACACCUGGAACAAUACGCAUAUCUCACGUGUCGGUCAGGCCAUGGCCUCCUCCGAGGAGAAAGCCUACGAGAUAAUGCGUGAACUGGAUGUGGAUUAUGUUCUGGUCAUAUUUGGCGGCCUCACCGGCUAUUCAUCCGAUGACAUCAACAAGUUCCUAUGGAUGGUGCGCAUUGGCGGCAGCACCGAUCGUGGUGCCCACAUUAAGGAGAAGGACUACUAUGCAGCAAAUGGCGAGUUCCGUGUGGACAAGGAGGGUUCACCCACAUUGCUCAAUUGUCUCAUGUACAAGAUGUGCUAUUAUCGCUUUGGGCAAAUGUACACGGAGGGCGGCAAGGCGCAGGGUUAUGAUCGUGUUCGAGCCGCUGAAAUUGGCAACAAGGACUUUGAGCUGGAUGUCCUCGAGGAGGCAUAUACCACAGAGCAUUGGCUGGUGCGCAUCUACAAGGUCAAGGAUUUGCCAAACAGAGGCGUCUAAAUAUUACACUCCAACCCUCUGCUGCUGUCUCUCUCUCUCUCUCUCUGUCUGUCACUCUCUCUUUCACGCAGCUAUCUCACUUUUUGUCGAUAACAUUCGCAUGCAUGGAAAUACCAAGUGUAAUUUGUACAUUCAUUAAGCUUAGCUCUUAUAUUAUUUUUCUUUAUAUUUGAAUUAAGAAAUCUCUAACUUGAGUAUUAUUGUUGCGCUCUCUAUCUCUCUUACUUUAUCUCUCUGCAUCUCUGUCUAAUCUGAGAGAGAGGCGUUUAAAUUGUACUUUAAUCAGUUGCGUCUGAAUUGAAAUGCGAGGCAACAAGUGUAUAAUCCUUAAAUGUAAGCGAAAACAAAAGAACAAUAUAUAUAUAUAUACAAAUAUGUAAAGACUAAACACAACUCACAGAAAUUGUUAAACAA